GGAGGAAAACAUGACCGAAACAGAUGCCUUCUAUAUGAGUGAAACAUUUGAUCCGGCAGAAAAGUACAAAAUGGACCACAAGAGGAGAGGAACCGCUUUAAUCUUCAAUCAUGAGAGGUUCUCCUGGCGUUUAACACUGCCAGAAAGGCGGGGCACCAGUGCAGACAGAGACAAUCUUAGGCGCAGGUUUUCAGAGCUAGGAUUUGAAGUGAAAUGCUUUAAUGAUCUGAAAGCAGAGGAGCUCCUGCUCACAAUCCAUGAGGCAUCAUCUUCUAGCCACAUAGAUGCCGAUUGCUUUUUAUGUGUUUUCCUGAGUCAUGGCGAAGGCAGUCACAUUUAUGCACAAGAUACCAAGAUUGAAAUUCAGACUUUGACUGGCUUAUUCAAAGGAGACAAAUGUCAGAGCCUAGUUGGAAAACCCAAGAUAUUUAUUAUUCAGGCAUGUCGGGGAGACCAGCAUGAUGUGCCAGUCAUUCCUCUGGAUGUAGUGGAUCAUCAAAAAAACAUGCUGGAUGUCAACAUAACCCAGGUGGAUGCGGCCUCAGUUUCCACACUGCCUGCUGGAGCAGACUUUCUCAUGUGUUACUCAGUUGCAGAAGGUUAUUAUUCUCAUCGGGAAACUGUGAAUGGCUCGUGGUACAUUCAGGAUUUGUGUGAGAUGCUGGGAAAAUUCGGCUCCUCCUUAGAGUUCACAGAGCUCCUCACCCUGGUGAACAGGAAAGUUUCUCAGCGCCGAGUGGACUUUUGCAAAGACCCAACUGCAAUUGGAAAGAAGCAGGUUCCCUGCUUUGCCUCAAUGCUUACUAAGAAGCUGUAUUUCUUUCCAAAAUCCAAAUGAUAGGAAUAAUUGUGUUUUAUGUAUCUUGUCUAUAUUCAAAACAGAUUUUCUUGUCCUUUUAUAUAAAUAUCACUAAGGUGGAAGCUUAUGGUAUAGCAGUUUAAAAUGUUUUAAGGUUUAAUGAGAACUUAAAAUAGUUGAUGUUGGUAUUAGACAUGCUGAUGUUAGAUGAAAGGGGUUGAUAUAUAGGAAAUGAAAUCCUCAGGGAAUUACUAUAAAUAAAAAUACACAAACAUUUGUAAUACUUGAUUUUUAUAGUAAAUCUCAAGGUUACUCAAAAAUAUCUGGAAGAUUUAAAUUUGUAUUCUGUGAAGUUUUUAUAAAAGUUUUAUAAUGUUUUUAAAGGUUUUUGAAACCCAGAAACUAGUUGUUUCCCCUUAAUAAAAUAUUUGAAAUCCAUGUUUUAAUUUUUCUAAUUGACAUUCUUACUCAUUUGUAUAAUUCAGAGUUCUUGUACUUGGUCAUACAAAUUCAUCUACAUAUGAAUUAUCACUUCUUGUAUAGGUUUCAACUCUCACUUAAAAAAGCCUUUAUGGAAAGAUAUACCAUGAUGAUGGACUGGAAGAAUAUUGUUAGAAUGUCCACAGUGCCUAAACGAUCUACAGAUUCAAUGUAAUCCCUAUCAAAAUACUAAUGACAUUUUCAUAGAACUAGAACAAAGAAUCCUAAAUCC